AUGCCGAGCCUCGCCGUGGUCGCCGGCGCCCUGCUGCUGCGCUUGGGCAGCGCCGCGCCGCCGCGGGCGCCCGCGCGGGGCGGCAUCAAACUGAGCAGCUGCCCCAGGGGCUCGAGCCCCGCCGCGGCGCACGACGACAGCGAAGCGGCGAUCGAAACAUUUGCUCGAGACUACGAAAUCACCACGUCCUACGAAAACGGCAGCACGUGCGCCGCGCAAGCCGGCGAGAACGGCCUCGACGGCGCUGCCCCCAAGGCCCUGGCGACGAGCGCCGCAGCGAGGAACACGUGGCUCCAGCUCUACAAGAACAACGGCGCGGACGGCCUCUACGCCGACGCGUUCGACUCCGAGCCUAUCAAAGGCGCGGCGACGACCGAGCUCGACUCGAACAAGUACCAGGCGGGCGGGGUGCACGCGCUCCACGCCAUCGAGCAGACCGUCGGCAGCGACGUGCAAUACAAGAACUACCGGUCGGACGGCACCAUAUUGAUGUUGGCGGCCCCGACCAAGGGCGGCGUCGACGUCUUGGACGUCGCGUCCGCCGAGCUGGCGCCUACGCCCGGCACCACGAUGCAGUUCAAGGGCGGCGUCGACGAAGAAGAAGCGGCCCAGAGCUACCUUGGGCGGACUUCCUGGUGCAUCUUCCAGGUACUCGCUUCGGUGGUUCCGCGGCGCAGUAGCUCGGCGAAGGGCGCGGCCUGGCGCUUGUCCGUCGUCGGCUACAUGGUUAUUUGGGACGUCGCCCGCGCUGCACCAAGCUCCAUACCGACGACCGGCGCGCCGACGUACUGGACGCCCUGGCCGACACGUCGGCCGUCGUUUGCGCCGACGUCGACGCCGGCGCCAACCUUGACGCCCGCGCCAACGCGAGCGCCGACGACGCCCGCGCCAACGCGAGCGCCGACACCUGUGCCGACGUCGACGCCCGCGCCGACACCUGCACCGACGUCGCUGCCCACCGCGACGCCAGCGCCUACGACGGCUGCGCCUACGGCUACACCCAUUGUCGCGGACGACAGCACUAUUAGAACGGCCGUUUUGCUCUGGUUCUCGGACCGCGCCGCCGCCAUCCGCACGUACGGCCACAUCUCGACGUGGGAGACAUCAGGGGUGACGGACAUGUCCUGCCUAUUUGGUACCAAUACGUGGUGUGGCGGUAACACAGCCGCAGCGUCCUUUAACGAGGACAUCGGCGCGUGGGGCACCUCCGGCGUAACGAGGAUGUACGGGAUGUUCUGGGGCGCCUCGUCGUUCAAUCAGAAUGUUGGCGGCUGGAGCGUCGAGAACGUGUAUGAGAUGGGCCAGAUGUUCACCUCCGCCUCGGCCUUUAAUCAGGACAUCGGCGGCUGGAGCGUCGACAACGUCAGGGAUAUGCACUACAUGUUCCACUACGCCUCGGCCUUCGACCAGGACCUCAACUGGUGCCUAGGCGACGACGUGAACCUCGACGAGGCGUUUUCCGGCACGCCGUGCGUGUCGACGUCGUGCGGCAUCGUGCGGGGCCGUUCUGAGGGUGGCAUAUGUGUGACGCUUGCGCCGACAUUCUUCGAUGGCGCAUUUAGCGACGAAAGCAUCCGCACGGCAGUCCGAGCCUGGAUGGAGGACCGCGCCGCCGCCGAGGCGACGUACGGCCACAUUUCUUCGUGGGAGACCUCCGAGGUGACGGACAUGUCGAAGUUGUUUUGCGUGUGGCAGGAUUGGAUGGGAGGCGAAUCGUGGUAUGACGAUUGCGUCUCGGAGGCGUCCUUCAACGAGGACAUCGGCGCGUGGGACACCUCUGGCGUAACGAGGAUGUACGGGAUGUUCUGGUACGCCUCGUCGUUCAAUCAGAAUAUUGGCGGCUGGAGCGUAGGAAACGUCAGGGAUAUGGUCUACAUGUUCAACUACGCCUCGUCGUUCAAUCAGAAUAUAGGCGGCUGGAACGUCGAAAACGUCAGGGAUAUGCACCAGAUGUUCAGCGGCGCCUCGUCAUUUAAUCAGGACAUCGGCGGCUGGCGCGUCGAGCAGGUCCUAGAUAUAAGCUACAUGUUCCACUAUGCCUCGGCCUUCGACCAAGACCUCGGCUGGUGCGUGGGCGACGGCGUCUUUGAUGGCGACCUGUACGCUACGUUCGUCGGCACCCCGUGCGCGUCGACGUCGUGCGGCGUGAGGAAAGUUGCGGGUGGCUGCGCACCAUCGCCCGCGCCCACCGCCUCGGCGGCGCCGACCCCGAGCAACAUUAUGAGCGACUCCAGAAUCGGCACGGCAGUCCGAGCCUGGGCGGAGGACCGCGCCGCCGCCGAGGCGACGUACGGCCACAUCUCGACGUGGGAGACUGGGGGGGUGACGGACAUGUCGUUCUUGUUUUGCGUGCGGCAGGACCAUAUGGAGGGCGAAUCGUGGCAUGACUAUUGCGUCUUUUCAACGUCGUCCUUUAACGAGGACAUUGGCGCGUGGGACACCUCUGGCGUCACGUCGAUGUCCAGGAUGUUCAGCGGCGCCUCGGCCUUCGACCAGGACAUCAGCGCCUGGAACGUCGAAAACGUCAGGGAUAUGUCCUGGAUGUUCGGCUCCGCCUCGUUCUUCAAUCAGAACAUAGCCGGUUGGAGCGUUGCCCGAGUCAUCACUAUGCACAAGAUGUUCCAAGGCGCCUCGGCGUUCAACCAGCCGCUGAACGACUGGCGCGUCGACAACGUCAGGGAUAUGUCCUGGAUGUUCACCAGCGCCUCGUCGUUCAAUCAGAACAUAGGCGGCUGGAACGUCGAACAAGUCACCAAUAUGAACUGGAUGUUCACCUCCGCCUCGGCCUUCGACCAGGACAUCAGCGCCUGGAGCGUCGAACAAGUCACCAAUAUGCACUGGAUGUUCGGACACGCCUCGUCCUUUAAUCAGGACAUCAGCGGCUGGCGCGUCGAAAACGUCAGGGACAUGGACCAUAUGUUCCACCACGCCUCGGCCUUCGACCAGGACCUCGGCGGCUGGCGCGUCGAGCAGGUCACGGAUAUGCACUACAUGUUCCACUGGGCCUCGUCCUUCAGCCAGAACCUCAACUGGUGCCUAGGCGACGACGUGAACCUCGACGAGGCGUUCUCCGGCACGCUGUGCGCGCCGACGUCGUGCGGCGUCCAACAGCGUGCUGCAGGCAGCUGCGCGCCGUCGCCCGCGCCGACGACGACCGUCCCCACGAUCAGUGCCGCCCCCACGAUGGACGUCUGCCCAUCGAUCGGCGAAUCCGACUACGAGGGCCGCACGCUCUACUGCUUCGAAGCCGGGGGCGAGAUUCACAACGUCCUGCGCGUCGAAGAUGAACAAACAACCUGCCGCCACACGGACGAGAACAGCUGCCCAGACGGCUUCGACAUCUGGGUGCCGCGGAACUACGAGCACCUCCAAGCUGUUUACAGCCUCGCGAGAGACUGGUGGCCGCACGAGGACUGGCGCGCCUACGAGAUGAUGAACCCAGUGGGCGUCUACCGCGAAGAGAACGGCUGCGGUCCGUGCCACGACUCUGCGAUGAACAGCGAGGCGAUGGCCGGCUACACUGGUGUCGCGUGGCAGAGUGUAGCGGGCGAUCCGUGGUUCCUGUCGACAAACGGCAUCGACGACUGGGGAGAGUACGAAGCCGGCUGUUGGCUCGGGAUCCAGCACUACUGGGAUCAGGGAUUGAAGCUCUACUCCUCCCAUUGCAAUAUGUGCCAAUCGUCUUACCUGUGCUCGACGAACCUGGCCAAGGCAGCUCCCAGUCCAGCGCCGACGACGGCCGUCCCCACGAUCAGCGCGGCGCCAACGAUGGACGUCUGCUCUUCUGUUGGCGAGUUCGAGUACGAGGGCCGCACGCUCUACUGCGUCGAGGCCGAGGGCGAGCUCCACAACGUCCUGCGCGUCGAGGGCGGCCGCAAUACGUGCCGCCACACGGACGAGAACAGCUGCCCCGCCGGCUUCGACAUCUGGGUGCCGCGCAGCUACGCGCACGCGUUCGCAGUCGUCGAGGCGACGGGCGGGCAAGACCUCCAGCAUCACAACUUCCUCGUCGGCAUUUACCGCGACGAGGACGGCUGCGGCUCGUGCCAGGACUACGCCAUGAACAGCGACGCCAUGGCCACAUACGGCGGCGUCGGCUGGCGGGGCGUUGCAAGAGGCGAUUGGUUCAUGCGGUCGUCGGCCUACCACCAGCCAGAUGGCGACUACGAAGCAGGCUGCUGGCUUGGCACGAACGGCUGGACGGCCGACGAGGGCUUCGAAUUCUACGACAGCCAGUGUCACCAGUGCUUCUCGACGUACCUGUGCUCGACGAAUACCGUCAAAGCCGCGCCCAGCCCCGCGCCGACGCUCACCCCGGCGCCGUCAAUCAGCCUGGCGCCCACGAUUGACAUCUGCGCGGCGUCCGGCGAGUUCGAGUACGAGGGCCACACGCUCUACUGCGUCGAGGCUGCGGGCGAGAUCCACAGCGUUCUGCCUGUCAACUUUGGUCAAACGACGUGCCGUUACACGGACGAGAACAGCUGCCCCGCCGGCUUCGACAUCUGGGUGCCGCGGAACUACGAGCACCUCCAAGCUGUUUACAGCCUCGCGAGAGACUGGUGGCCGCACGAGGACUGGCGUGCCUAUGAGAUGAUGAACCCCGUGGGCGUCUACCGCGAAGAGAACGGCUGCGGGCCGUGCUGGGAGUACGAGAUGAACAGCGAGGCGAUGGCCGGCUACACUGGUGUCGCGUGGCAGAGUGUAGCGGGCGAUCCGUGGUUCCUGCGGUCGACGAGCGGCUUGGAUCACUGGGACGAGUACGAAGCUGGCUGCUGGCUCGGAGUUCAUGGCCACUGGGAUCAGGGGCUGGCGUUAUACACUAACCGCUGCAAUAACUGCCAGUCGUCGUACCUGUGCUCGACGAACCUAGGCAAGGCAGCUCCCAGUCCAGCGCCGACGACGGCCGUCCCCACGAUCAGCGCCGCGCCCACGAUGGACGUCUGCUCUUCUGUUGGCGAGUUCGAGUACGAGGGCCGCACGCUCUACUGCGUCGAGGCCGAGGGCGAGCUCCACAACGUCCUGCGCGUCGAGGGCGGCCGCAAUACGUGCCGCCACACGGACGAGAACAGCUGCCCCGCCGGCUUCGACAUCUGGGUGCCGCGCAGCUACGCGCACGCGUUCGCAGUCGUCGAGGCGACGGGCGGGCAAGACCUCCAGCAUCACAACUUCCUCGUCGGCAUUUACCGCGACGAGGACGGCUGCGGCUCGUGCCAGGACUACGCCAUGAACAGCGACGCCAUGGCCACAUACGGCGGCGUCGGCUGGCGGGGCGUUGCAAGAGGCGAUUGGUUCAUGCGGUCGUCGGCCUACCACCAGCCAGAUGGCGACUACGAAGCAGGCUGCUGGCUUGGCACGAACGGCUGGACGGCCGACGAGGGCUUCGAAUUCUACGACAGCCAGUGUCACCAGUGCUUCUCGACGUACCUGUGCUCGACGAAUACCGUCAAAGCCGCGCCCAGCCCCGCGCCGACGCUCACCCCGGCGCCGUCAAUCAGCCUGGCGCCCACGAUCGACAUCUGCGCGGCGUCCGGCGAGUUCGAGUACGAGGGCCGCACGCUCUACUGCGUCGAGGCAGCGGGCGAGAUCCACAGUGUUCUGCCUGUGUUUGGUCAAACGACGUGCCGAUACACGGACGAGAACAGCUGCCCAGACGGCUUCGACAUCUGGGUGCCGCGGAACUACGAGCACCUCCAAGCUGUCUACGGGAUCGUGCAAAGCUUUGAGAUGAUGAGUCCCGUGGGCGUCUACCGCGAAGAGAAUGGCUGCGGGCCGUGCCACGACUAUGCGAUGAACAGCGAGGCGAUGGCCGGCUACACUGGUGUUGCUUGGCAGAGCGUCGCGGGCGAUCCGUGGUUCCUGCGGUCGACAAGCGGCAUCGACGACUGGGGAGAGUACGAGGCCGGCUGUUGGCUCGGCCUUCAGCACUACUGGGAUCAGGGAUUGAAGGUCUACUCCUCCCAUUGCAAUAUGUGCCAGUCGUCGUACCUGUGCUCGACGAACGUGGCCAAGGCCGCGCCGUCGCCCGCGCCCACCGCCUCGGCGGCGCCGACCCCGAGCAACGUUGUGAGCGACGCCAGAAUCCGCAUGGCAGUCCGAGCCUGGAUGGAGGACCGCGCCGCCGCCGAGGCGACGUACGGCCACAUCUCGACGUGGGAGACUGGCGGGGUGACGGACAUGUCGCACUUGUUUUGCGUGCGGCAGGAUUGGAUGGAAGGCGAAUCGUGGGACGAUUGCGUUUCGGAGGCGUCCUUCAACGAAGACAUCGGCGCGUGGGACACCUCUGGCGUCACCGAUAUGAACCACAUGUUCGAAGGCGCCUCGUCGUUCAAUCAGGCGAUCGGCGUGUGGACGGUCGGCGAAGUCAGGCAGAUGCAGGGCAUGUUUAAGAGUGCGCAUAUGUUUGACCAAGACCUAAGCGCCUGGACUGUCGACAGCGUUACAGAUAUGGCUUGGAUGUUCGCCUGGGCCUCGUCGUUCAAUCAGAAUAUAGGCGGCUGGAGCGUUGCACAAGUCACCAAUAUGAACAACAUGUUCAGCGGCGCCUCGGCCUUUAAUCAGGACAUCGGCGGCUGGCGCGUCUACAGCGUCAGGGAUAUGCACUACAUGUUCCACCACGCCUCGGCCUUCGACCAGGACCUCAGUGCGUGGGAAACCUCUGGUGUUACGAACAUGCACCAGAUGUUCAGCUGGGCCUCGUCGUUCGACCAGGACAUCAGCGCCUGGAACGUCGAGAACGUCAGGGACAUGCACUACAUGUUCCACUACGCCUCGGCCUUCGACCAGGACCUCGGCUGGUGCGUCGACAACGACGUGAACCUCGACGAGGCGUUCUCCGGCACGCCGUGCGUGUCGACGUCGUGCGGCGUCGUGCAGGGCCGUUCUGAGGGUGGCAUAUGUGUGACGCUUGCACCGACAUUCUUCGAUGGAGCAUUUGGCGACGAAAGUAUCCGCACGGCAGUCCGAGCCUGGAUGGAGGACCGCGCCGCCGCCGAGGCGAUGUACGGCCACAUCUCGACGUGGGAGACUUCCGGGGUGACAGACAUGUCGUAUUUGCUUUGCGCGAAUCAAUGGGAUAUAAACUGCAACUCGGUCGCGGCGUCUUUUAACGAGGACAUCGGCGCGUGGGACACCUCUGGCGUAACGAGGAUGUACGGGAUGUUCGGGGACGCCUCGUCGUUCAAUCAGAAUAUAGGCGGUUGGAGCGUUGCCAACGUUCAUGGGAUGGGCCGGAUGUUCGAAGGCGCCUCGGCCUUCGACCAGGACAUAGGCGGCUGGCGCGUCGAGAACGUCAGGGACAUGCACCAGAUGUUCAACUCCGCCUCGGCCUUCAGCCAGAACCUCAACUGGUGCGUAGGCGACGACGUGAACCUCGACGAGGCGUUCUCCGGCACGCUGUGCGCGCCGACGUCGUGCGGCGUCCAACAGCGUGCUGCAGGCAGCUGCGCGCCGUCGCCCGCGCCGACGACGACCGUCCCCACGAUCAGUGCCGCCCCCACGAUGGACGUCUGCCCAUCGAUCGGCGAAUCCGACUACGAGGGCCGCACGCUCUACUGCUUCGAAGCCGGGGGCGAGAUCCAUAACAUUCUGCGCGUCGAAGAUGAACAAACAACCUGCCGCCACACGGACGAGAACAGCUGCCCAGACGGCUUCGACAUCUGGGUGCCGCGGAACUACGAGCACCUCCAAGCUGUUUACAGCCUCGCGAGAGACUGGUGGCCGCACGAGGACUGGCGCGCCUACGAGAUGAUGAACCCAGUGGGCGUCUACCGCGAAGAGAACGGCUGCGGUCCGUGCCACGACUCUGCGAUGAACAGCGAGGCGAUGGCCGGCUACACUGGUGUCGCUUGGCAGAGCGUCGCGGGCGAUCCGUGGUUCCUGCGGUCGACGGGCGGCAUCGACGACUGGGGAGAGUACGAAGCCGGCUGUUGGCUCGGGAUCCAGCACUACUGGGAUCAGGGAUUGAAGGUCUACUCCUCCCAUUGCAAUAUGUGCCAGUCGUCGUACCUGUGCUCCACGAACCUGGCCAAGGCAGCUCCCAGUCCCGCGCCGACGACGGCCGUCCCCACGAUCAGCGCUGCGCCAACGAUGGACGUCUGCUCUUCUGUUGGCGAAUUCGACUACGAGGGCCGCACGCUGCACUGCGUCGAGGCCGAGGGCGAGAUCCACAACGUCCUGCGCGUCGAGGGCGGCCGCAAUACGUGCCGCCACACGGACGAGAACAGCUGCCCCGCCGGCUUCGACAUCUGGGUGCCGCGCAGCUACGCGCACGCGUUCGCAGUCGUCGAGGCAACGGGCUGGCAGGACCUCCAGCAUCACAACUUCCUCGUCGGCAUUUACCGCGACGAGGACGGCUGCGGUUCGUGCCAGGACUACGCGAUGAACAGCGACGCCAUGGCCACAUACGGCGGCGUCGGCUGGCGGGGCGUUGCAAGAGGCGAUUGGUUCAUGCGGUCGUCGGCCUACCACCGGCCAGAUGGCGACUACGAAGCCGGCUGCUGGCUUGGCACGCACGGCUGGACGGCCGACGAGGGCUUCGAGUUCGAAGACAGCCAGUGUCACCGGUGCUUCUCGACGUACCUGUGCUCGACGAAUACCGCAAAGGCCGCGCCCAGUCCCGCGCCGACGAUCACGCCGCGGCCGACGGUGACCGCUGCGCCGACUGUCGAGAUUUGUUCGACAACCGGCGAGUUCGAGCACGAGGGCCACACACUCUACUGCGUCGAGGCAGCGGGCGAGAUCCACAGCGUCCUGCCUGUCAACUUUGGUCAAACGACCUGCCGAUACACGGACGAGAACAGCUGCCCAGACGGCUUCGACAUCUGGGUGCCGCGCAGCUACGAGCACCUCCGGGCGGUCUACGAUCUCGCGAGAGAGGAGUGGCGCGCCUUCGAGACGAUGAGGCCCGUGGGUAUCUACCGCGAUGGGGACGGCUGCGGCUCGUGCGGCGACUACGCGAUGAACAGCGACGCCAUGGCGGACUACGACGGCGUCGGCUGGCGGAGCGUCGCGGGCGAUCCGUGGUUCCUGCGGUCGACAAACGGCUUGGAAAACCAUGGCGAGUACGAGGCCGGCUGCUGGCUCGGGUUUCAUGGCCACUGGGAUCAGGGGCUGGCACUAUACACUUCCCACUGCAAUAACUGCCAGUCGUCGUACCUGUGCUCGACGAACCUAGCCAAGGCAGCUCCCAGUCCCGCGCCGACGACGGCCGUCCCCACGAUCAGUGUCGCACCCACGAUGGAUGUGUGCUCUUCUGUUGGCGAGUUCGACUACGAGGGCCGCACGCUGCACUGCGUCGAGGCCGAGGGCGAGAUCCACAACGUCCUGCGCGUCGAGGGCGGCCGCGAUACGUGCCGCCACACGGACGAGAACAGCUGCCCCGCCGGCUUCGACAUCUGGGUGCCGCGCAGCUACGCGCACGCGUUCGCAGUCCUCGAGGCAACGGGCUGGCAGGACCUCCACCACGAGCACUUUCUCGUCGGCAUUUACCGCGACGAGGACGGCUGCGGCUCGUGCCAGGACUACGCGAUGAACAGCGACGCCAUGGCCACGUACAGCGGCGUCGGCUGGCAAAGCGUUGCCGGGGAUCCGUGGUUCAUGCGGUCGUCGACCUACAGCGAGCCAAACGGCGACUACGAAGCCGGCUGCUGGCUUCGUACGAACGGCUGGACGGCCGGCGAGGGCUUCGAGUUCAACGAUGCGACCUGUAAUUAUUGCUUCUCGACGUACCUGUGCUCGACGAAUACCGCAAAGGCAGCGCCCAGUCCCGCGCCGACGCUCACGCUGGGGCCGACCGCGACCGCGGUGCCGACUGUCGAGAUGUGUUCUUCUUCCGGCGAGUUCGCGUACGAGGGCCACACGCUCUACUGCGUCGAGGCAGCGGGCGAGAUCCACAGCGUUUUGCCCGUCAACUUUGGUCGCACGACGUGCCGUUACACGGACGAGAACAGCUGCCCAGACGGCUUCGACAUCUGGGUGCCGCGGAACUACGAGCACCUCCAAGCUGUCUACGGGAUCGUGCAAAGCUUUGAGAUGAUGAGUCCCGUGGGCGUCUACCGCGAAGAGAAUGGCUGCGGGCCGUGCCACGACUAUGCGAUGAACAGCAAGGCGAUGGCCGGCUACACUGGUGUUGCUUGGCAGAGCGUCGCGGGCGAUCCGUGGUUCCUGCGGUCGACAAGCGGCAUCGACGACUGGGGAGAGUACGAGGCCGGCUGUUGGAUCGGGGUUCAUGGCCACUGGGAUCAGGGGCUGGCGUUAUACACUUCCCACUGCAAUAUGUGCCAGUCGUCGUACCUGUGCUCGACGAACGUGGCCAAGGCCGCGCCGUCGCCCGCGCCCACCGCCUCGGCGGCGCCGACCCCGAGCAACAUUAUGAGCGACGCCAGAAUCCGCACGGCAGUCCGAGCCUGGGCGGAGGACCGCGCCGCCGCCGAGGCGACGUACGGCCACAUCUCGACGUGGGACACAUCAGGAGUGACGGACAUGUCGUAUUUGUUUUGCGUGCGGCAGGAUUGGAUGGAAGGCCAAUCGUGGUAUGACGAUUGCGUCUCGGAGGCGUCCUUCAACGAGGACAUCGGCGCGUGGGACACCUCUGGCGUAACGAGGAUGUACGGGAUGUUCUGGGGCGCCUCAUCGUUCAAUCAGAAUAUUGGCGGCUGGAGCGUCGAGAACGUUGAUGAGAUGGGCCACAUGUUCACCUCCGCCUCGGCCUUCGACCAGGACAUCAGUGGUUGGGCGGUCCAAAGCGUCACGACGAUGUACAGGAUGUUCGCCGGCGCCUCGUCGUUCAAUCAGAAUAUAGGCGGCUGGAGCGUUGCACAAGUCACCAAUAUGAACAACAUGUUCAGCGGCGCCUCGGCCUUUAAUCAGGACAUCGGCGGCUGGAGCGUCGAGAACGUCAGGGACAUGCACUACAUGUUCCACUACGCCUCGGCCUUCGACCAGGACCUCGGCUGGUGCGUCGACAACGACGUGAACCUCGACGAGGCGUUCUCCGGCACGCCGUGCGUGUCGACGUCGUGCGGAAUCGUGCGGGGCCGUUCUGAGGGUGGCAUAUGUGUGACACUUGCGCCGACAUUCUUCGAUGGCGCAUUUGGUGACGAAAGUAUCCGCACGGCAGUCCGAGCCUGGAUGGAGGACCGCGCCGCCCCCGAGGCGACGUACGGCCACAUCUCGACGUGGGAGACAUCGGGGGUGACGGACAUGUCGCAUUUGUUUUGCGUGCGGCAGGAUUGGAUGGAAGGCGAACCGUGGUAUGACGAUUGCGUCUUAUCGACGUCGUCCUUCAACGAGGACAUCGGCGCGUGGGACACCUCCGGCGUAACGAGGAUGUACGGGAUGUUCUGGGGCGCCUCGUCGUUCAAUCAGAAUAUUGGCGGCUGGAGCGUCGAGAACGUUGAUGAGAUGGGCCACAUGUUCACCUCCGCCUCGGCCUUCGACCAGGACAUCAGUGGUUGGGCGGUCCAAAGCGUCACGACGAUGUACAGGAUGUUCGCCGGCGCCUCGUCGUUCAAUCAGAACAUAGGCGGCUGGAACGUCGAACAAGUCACCAAUAUGCACUGGAUGUUCGGACACGCCUCGUCCUUUAAUCAGAACAUUGGCGGCUGGAGCGUCGAGAAGGUCACGGAUAUGCACUACAUGUUCCACCACGCCUCGGCCUUCGACCAGGACCUCGGCUGGUGUGUCGACAACGAUGUAUACCUCGACGAGGCGUUCUCCGGCAGCGGGUGCUGCUCAAUGUCCUGCGGCGUCGCUCAAAAGGACGAAACCGGCGACUGCCAAAUCAUAGAUUCGUGGGGCUGCUACUACUACUACGACGACGACGACGACGACGACGAUGGGGCCACGGAACUCGUCAUGUCAACGGGACUCGCGGCGAUUGGCAUCACGUUCACGGGCCUCACCAUCGCGGCGAUCGCGAAUGCGGUCCAGGAACAAUGCGCCCUGGGCCCCACGAUCGUCUACGAAGCCGGCACGACGCACCCGUACUACAUCUCACCAAAUCUAUGCACCAUCGGGACCAAGACCUUUUCGUCGGACAAGACAGUUCGCGACGCGUCUCCGCGCAAGGUCUGCCGCAAGUUCUGCGAGGCUGCAUCGGAGAAGGGCAAACUGGCGCUCAAGCACGUCCAGGGCCUGACGUGCUACUGCAAACGGAGGUAG